AUGGCACUCAUUGCGGAAACUCAGAAUUUCAUCCGGCCUGUGGCUUACCGAACCAGCCUACCAUUCAGCGUUAAUGGCAGCAGUGGAAGUGAUAGUGCUACUCAAGACCACAACAACAACACCACCGAAUCGAUUUAUACAGGAAUUUUGAAGAAAGACCUGGUCGUACUCACAUACACCGAGCGAAUUGCAUUAACGAUUGUUGUGUCAACUUUGUCUGGGAUUUCGCUGUGUGGUAACAUUGGCUCGUUGCGUGUGAAUUUCCGUAGAAAAAUACGCCCCUUCUUCCGUGCUUGUCUCAUCUCAUUAGCGCUUAGUGAUUUGUUUAAUACGGUUUUCCUCACAGUGGCGUAUUUGAGUAAAUUUUCAUCGCAUUUCGUGCAAAUUUGGCUCCUUGGCCCCUGCAUGUGUCAUUUGGUGCCAUUCAUCACCACCAUCGCUAUUUUGGUCAGCUCCAUGACACUUGUCGGCAUCGCUUUGGAUCGUUAUUUUGCCGUUAUGAAAGCCGUAAUUAGUUUUUGGAAUCCUGAUGCCAUUUUCUGUGUGCUCAGCAUGCUCAUUAUUUGGACAGCAUCCAUUAGUAUUUCAUACCCAGUGUUUCGCGUUUACGAUUUAUAUCCCAUUUACAUCCUUACUGUGGAGAAUGUGACAUCGGCAGCUGGGCAGAGCCCUGUUGCAACAAGCAUUGGUAUCAACGAUAAUGGCACAUUGGCAAAAGUCAUUACAGAUUCAGACACAACAAUAGCAGCAACAGCAACAGCAACUACAAUUGCAUCUUUUGCCAAACCAGCUACAAAAACUGCUUGGGAACAACAGGCCAUCAAUGAAGCGCUGUCAUAUACGCUGGUGAGCAAGAAUGAGCUGGUGAUGAUGUGCAUAUCCCAAAAGAUUGAUAUUCUUUAA